AUGUCUGUCAGAGUCCUUGAGCUCGAUCGUCUCAAAAUAACAGAUUCUGAGCACGAGGAUGAGAUAGAAUGGUUUGUACGUCCUUCGAUUCAUGUGAAGAUACCAGAGACCAUAUUCCAUAAACAAGACAGCGAGAUCGUCGAGGCGCUAAAGUCUGGGGAUAUCUGGGCCAGCAGAGGCGCAUAUUGCUCACUUGACUGCUACAUUGAGACUGGUCGACUCCUCGACUCUGAGCAGAAGCUCCGCCUCUGUGAAAGUCUUGGGUACCUAAUACGGGAUAGUCAUUUAUGGGCUCAAUUGUCUCUGCCAGUCUCUCUGAUAAUCGCUCGGCCUCUGGAUCUGGCGGCAUCUCAGCCCGACUUCUCCCUUCGACUUGCGAAUCAGCUUCCCAAACCUGCCCCUAUUUCACAGACCGAUUCAUGGCUGUCCGGAACAAUUGACGUAAAUCCUCCCACCAGCGUGGUUUGCUCCACGAUUCAAAAAAUAGACAUAUGCUUGGAGAUGAGUAUUGCUCAACACAAGCUGGAUAACCCUCCGAAGCGAGUAAAGGCCGCCGUCAAGAGCCUGAUAGAGGAAGAUGCGUGCACCACUAAGACUGUUCCGCGCAUCGAAAUUUUUGAGGGAAUUGUGAGGCGUCUCUCGUGUUCCUUGUCGGAAUCUAUCACGAAGUGUUUUGGGUACCCUGGAUCAAAUCAGACAGAAGAUAGCAGUAUCCCAUCUGGAGGACAGGUGAAGCAACUCAACAAACAGGACUGCCAAGAUGUCCCGGCGGAGCUUGAAGAAAUGCUACUGAAUUCUCUUUCGACAGAUGCGGUAGCUGCAGGUGUGGUGGGACAGACGGAUGAGGAGAUGUUGUUGUCACACUGUCGCCUCGACCUCGAUCCUUAUGUCACCCAGGAAGAAGAGGAUAUGUUAUUCCCGCAGCAAUCGGAUACUGCGCCCUUACCCAUCUUCUCCAGAUCUUCAUCCUCGGCUUCUUCAAUGACAUCUUUGAAACGCCCAGCACCGUCCUUAGCAACAUUGGAAUCUUCUUGUCAAUCCAAUGUAGAUAUUGCCCAAAAAUAUCUCAUUCCUAGCGCCCAUAGACUCAUGGAGGCCACAGUACGUAUGCUUGUGACAGGAAAGGCCGUUGAUUGCCGCAAGCCUCUCCAUAGUUUCAAAGUCAGCAUGCCACAUUCUGCGACGCCGUUUGCUAGAUUACUACCCAGCAUGUUCAAUCCCGGAUUUUCGGAGGCAGUGGCUAGCAACGCGUACUUUCUGCCGACGAUAUCACAUGCAAUCUCCGUAUCCUGGCCACAAUAUACUCAAUCACCGGUUCUUAAAAGCAAAUUAGCCGAAUUAGCGAUAAUUGUACUGAUAAAUGAAGAGGCUCUGAACACGCCGACUAUCGUCGCCAUUAGACUCUCCAAGGUUGUACAGAGUAGGCUGUGGUCGAUGAUGCAGAUCCACCUCUAUGAUCACUCUGCUACAAAAACAUUGAAGUGGAAGAAAACUAAGAGUUCCACACCCGAAAACGGUUGGAAUGGGGUUCAAGAUCCACAUGUCUUGAAUUGUCACAAUUCCGAAGAAGGCUCGAAAGUUGGUGCUCAUGCGAAUGAUUUGGAGUUUAGAGAACAGGUCGAAGAAGACUAUACGAGUGAAUUUGAAGAUCUCUUAGGAGAUGCUGACGGUGAGAAACUAGACUACUGGGAAGAGCAACGGAUAGAAACAGAGCGGCAUACAGACGAAAUGCUAUUCUUGGACGAUGAUGACAAUUUUGAAGAAGAUGACUUUAGUAUUAUCCAAGCUAUCAUAUCGAUAGAUAACACACACCACAAUGAACAUAUGCUUAUCUAG